CGCGCGGGCGAUGCGGGCGGCCGGGCCGGGGCCGGCGGGCCCCUGAUCGCCGCGCCGCAGGCCAGCCGGGGAGCCCCCGCGGGCGCCGGCCCGCCAUGGCCGGGGUCAGCUACGCGGCGCCCUGGUGGGUGAGCCUCCUGCACCGGCUGCCCCGCUUCGACCUGCGCUGGGAGGCCGCCAGCAGCCAGUUCCGGCCCGAGGACGCCGACUACCAGCAGGCUCUGCUGCUGCUGGGGGCCGCCGCGCUGGCCUGCCUCGCCCUGGACCUCCUCUUUCUGCUCUUCUAUUCCUUCUGGCUGUGCUGCCGGCGGCGCAAGAGCGAGGAGCACCUGGACGCCGACUGCUGCUGCACCGCCUGGUGCGUCAUCAUCGCCACCCUGGUCUGCAGCGCCGGCAUCGCCGUGGGGUUCUAUGGCAACGGGGAGACCAGUGACGGCAUCCAUCGGGCCACCUACUCGCUCCGCCACGCCAACCGCACGGUGGCGGGGGUCCAGGACCGCGUGUGGGACACGGCCGCCGCCCUGAACCGCACGGCGGAGCCCAGCCUGCGGAGCCUGGAGCGGCAGCUGGCCGCUCGGCCGGAGCCCCUGCGGGCGGUGCAGCGGCUGCAGGCUCUGCUGCAGACGCUGCUGGGCUACACGGCGGCCAUCCCGUUCUGGAGGAGCCCAGCCGUGUCGCUGGAGGCGCUGGCCGAGCAGGUGGACCUCUAUGACUGGUACAGGUGGCUGGGCUACUUGGGCCUCCUGCUGCUCGAUGUGGCCGUCUGCCUCCUGGUGCUGGUCGGCCUCAUCCGAAGCUCCAAGGGGAUCCUGGUCGGGGUCUGCCUGCUGGGGGUCCUGGCCCUGAUCGUCAGCUGGGGCGCGCUGGGCUUGGAGCUGGCCGUGUCUGUGGGCUCCAGCGACUUCUGUGUGGACCCCGACACCUACGUGACCCGGAUGGUGGAGGAGCACUCCGUGCUGAGUGGGGACAUCCUGCAGUACUACCUGGCCUGCGCGCCCUCUGCCGCCAACCCCUUCCAGCAGAAGCUGUCGGGCAGCCACAAGGCGCUGGUGGAGAUGCAGGACGCGGUGGCUGAGCUUCUGAGGACCGUCCCGCGGGAGUACCCGGCCACCAAGGACCCCCUGCUCCGUGUCCAGGAGGUGCUGAAUGGCACGGAGGUGAACCUGCAGCACCUCACCGCCCUGGUGGACUGCCGCAGCCUGCACCUGGACUACGUGCAGGCCCUCACAGGCCUCUGCUAUGAUGGCGUCGAGGGCCUCAUCUACCUGGCCCUCUUCUCCUUCGUCACAGCCCUCAUGUUCAGCUCCAUCAUCUGCAGCGUCCCACACACGUGGCAGCAGAAGAGAGGCCCUGACGAGGACGGGGAGGAGGAGGCUGCGCCAGGGCCGCGGCAGGCGCACGACAGCCUCUACCGCGUCCACAUGCCCAGCCUGUACAGCUGCGGGAGCAGCUACGGCAGCGAGACCAGCAUCCCGGCCGCAGCCCACACCGUCAGCAACGCCCCGGUCACCGAGUACAUGAGCCAGAAUGCCAAUUUCCAGAAUCCCCGCUGUGAGAACACCCCCCUCAUCGGGCGCGAGUCCCCACCACCUUCAUACACUUCCAGCAUGAGAGCCAAGUACCUCGCCACCAGCCAGCCUCGCCCCGACCCCAGCAGCGGCGGGCACUAGAGCGCCCGACAGCCACCCGCCCCGCGUGCCAACUGCGCUGCCCCUCCCCGUGCCAGCCUUGCCGCUUACACCCGUGGCCGCCUGCCGGGGCCUCCGCGCACACGCCAGGCCCGCUGCAGGCACCGCGUGGCCGUGCGCCCCCUCCUUCCCUUCCCACAGGGGCGCGGAGAUGCCUGGCGUGCUCCUGCCGGCGGCAGCACAGGGGCUCUGGGCCCGCGCCCUCUUCUUGGGCCACGCGCCCGGACGCCUGGGGGUGCUGCUAGCGGCGCCUGGGCCCUCCUGCCCCCCCCCCCACGCCCCUCUGCCUCUGAGGAGUCGGUGACUUGCAGGGCCCUGCGCCGGGCCGCUGUGUGUGCUGGUGCUGUGUCCGGACCCCUGCAGUGUCCCUGGCGGCGCCGCCCGCCCCUUCCCUCCCACAGCCCUGACGCUUUUCCUGCUCCCUCGAUGCUCCUGUGCGUCAGCUCUUCCUUCACAGGCAGCACGCGCCCCUCUCUGUGCCGGGCGUCUGGAGGGACGGCCGUGUGCGCCUGCCUGCUUGGCUUCCACGGUGGAGACCUGCCCAUGGUGCCCCACCCACCUCUGCAGCAUCUAGAGCUCCUUCCUUCUCUCCCCCCCGCCCCCCCCCCCCCCCGGCUCUCUCCAUCAGUUGCCAGAAGCCUCCAGGGGGUCCCUGCGUCCUCUGCUUCCCUGCAGCAGCGCUCUCUCCCUCAGCACGCAGCCCGGCCGCGGCGGCCAGCCCUCCGCGGUGGCAGGCGGCAGCAGGUGCCGCGCCGAGCCCAGGCUGCUCACCCAGGGCUGGCCGCCUUCUCGGUGCCAAAACCCCCUCCCCACCCCGGAGACUUGGCGGCCGCACCCGGUUCGUUCUUUGCACUAACCACGUUCGUCAUCUCUAGGGCAGGCGGGGCUGCGGGCCGAGGCGCCCCACUGCUCGGUCCCCUUUCCAGCCAGGACGGGCGCAGCGUCCCGGCGCCGGCCUGGGGGCGGGGCCCGAGCUGGCUGGGAGUGUGCCCUCGGCCCCUGCCGCCCCUCUCGGGACUAACCACUAACCUCACGCCAGCCUCUCGGAGGGAGCACUCCUGGCCAACGCAGAGCCCACGGGGGUGCCCCCGAGUCCAGGCUGGAGACGGGGCCCGGGAUGGCCGGCAGGGCGUCCGGCUGGAGAAGGUGUUUCUUCUUGGGGUGCUGCUGGGGGUGUCGUAGGCCGAGAGGCAGCCCGAGGGCCUGGAGACUCCUUCCUGGGCCCCAGGGGACCGUGUCCUCAGGAAUGAAUGUCCCUUGGGCUGUAGGACUGAGAUCCCUGUCUCAGUCUCCCUACCUGUGAAGUGGGAACAAGGUUUCCCUAAGGUGCUUUUGGUUUAGUGUACAAUGUUUGCUGUGUUUCCUGCCGCAGCGAGGUGGAGGGUGGGGGGCUCCCAAAUCAAGAUGGGAAGCCCCCUGCCAGUCCCAGCCCUGCCCAGCCAGCCUGGAACAGGCCAGAUGUGGCUCAGACUGUGUCAGGCCAGGGGCAGCAGAGCCACUUGGUAACCACGUGAGGACCCAGGCCGGGGCCCCGCAGGGGCAGACAGCGGCUGGCUCAGCAGUUUACAUGGGGAGCUCUUUCUCGCAGAGCGGCAGGGCAGCGCCCCUUCCCUGAGGUGGCCUGGGAGAGGCCACUUUCCCUUCUGUGAUCCAUUCUUUGUGCUGGUAUCUGGGACCAAAAGGGUGGGUGGGCCUGGGGCCAGGCCGCCUCUCCCCCUCUCCCAGGGCAGCCUGUGCCCUGAGAGGGGAGGGACGUGAGUGGGCAGACACGGGGGUGUCCCAGGUGGGCCUGCAGGCCCCCAGCCUCGCAUCUGAGCCCUUACACACGGCCAAACCUCACUGGAGGGCACCUGUGCCCCACCCCCACUGUUCUGGGCGUCCCACCGGGCAGAGCCACAGCCCAACUGCCCAGCGUUUCCCUGGGCUCCACGGCCUGGGCGGAGCAUCCCUGCCUCGGCUCCGGGUCAGAGGGGAGGUGCUGGCAGGGCUGUCCGGUGCCACGCCCUCGGAAGCACAAGCGGCCGGCAGGCCCGUGAGGCCGCGGAAAUGUGAAUGUACAUAGGGUGGGAGACGGGCGCCGCGUGCUCAGAGGCCCCCCGUGCCCUGUGCCUGUCGGUGCCGCCUGCCCGCCUGUUGCUCUGCCCCGUUCCUUUUACUCACCGGGGCUGAGGAAAGGAGAACGGUGGAAGUUAAAAGGGGUGCAAGACCAUGCCUCAGGCCUGGAGGGGGAGCGUGUCCCGCCCUUGGUUUUCUUUGUGCUCUAAAUUUUCAGGCCCUUUCCUAACCAGUCCUAUCCCGGUGAUGUCUCCACAUCCGCUCCCACCCUACUGUACCCGUGGUCCUUGUCCCACGCAGGCCUUGCACCGUCUUGGGCGGUGGUCCUCGACCACGUGGAUGGGAGGGAGAGGCCCGGGGGCCCCUGACGGGCUAGGCGGACAGGAGGGCUUCCGGUUGGGUCGCUCGCCAGUGGGGAUCCCUGUGUGGGUGCACGCUCUCCCCAGCUGCCCUGGCCUGCUGUGGCAGGGCCUGGUCAGAAGCCCUGAUCCUGUAUCCCCCUCCACACCCACCCCAUCUCACUAUGCAACCCCAGUCCAAGCUCCAUUCCCUCCCUACCCCAGGACCCCCACCCAGGCCAGGAAGGGUGCGUGGGUGGCAGCCCCAAAUGGAGGGAUAGAGGGGACCAGGGCCUCUUGUGUGGGAUAUUUUUUUGUUUAACCAUAAUGGUUUUGUAUUUGUUACAUAUAAUACAUCCCUUGAAGUCAUUUUGUUGAGACUCCCCUCCUGGGUUUCUCUCCUGGCGCUUGCAUCCCCCUGGCCCUCCAAGGCGAUUCAGCAUCCCGAGCAGGAGACGGAGGCCUGAAGUGCUUGGCAUUCUCCAGCUUCUGUAGGGCCGUGGCUCUGUGUGCUGUCGCUGUGUUUCUGGUUUUUUUUGUUUUUAAACUGGGUUUGGGGUUUGAUUUUUGUUUCUCUGGGGGCUUUAUUUUUCUUGGCAAAUACUAAAAAUCUCGUCAAUGUAAUUUCUGUGGUUUCUAUUCAGCUUGGGUUUCAUGUUUUAAAAUAAACAAAUUUUAAAAAAUA